AGUCCUGGUCUAGUUCUGCUCUAGUCCUGGUUUAGUCUUGGUCAAGUCCUGGUCAAGUCCUGGUUUAGUCCUGGUCUAUGGUCUAUUCCACAUCUUCUCUCUCUAAACAUGGAUAUACACUGGAGGACCCUGGUUCUGCUGCUCACCUCCUGCUCUGUCUACUCCUCCUCCACUCAGCGGCCGCUCCUUUCCUCCACAACCGAAGACAUUUCUACAACAAAUUUAAACCAAAUGUUCACCCAAACGUCGCACGAUACGACAAAUAAACUCACUAAAUCACAACAACGAACAGGAACCAACGGAGACGAUGCCUCCAGGAACACAGAACUUCCUGUUUUCACCGACGGCGGUCAUUUUGGAUCUACCACUCAGCCAGUUUCCAGAUCCUCUCCACAUUUUUCCAAACAUUCAACUGAAAAAGAGAAAUUAACAAGAUUUGAAUGGAAAACUGAAUCUGAUACAACCUCAACAGAGCCAAACAGUUUAACACAGGCAGCAAAUUUGAUUGAAAAUACAGAAAUUUUACAGAAUUCUACUAAAUUUAUAACUAAGAAUUCUACCAGUUUUGUGUCUGAAGCAACUUCAAUACCAACUGAUAGUGAAAUCUUUACUAGCGAAAAUUUGGCUAACAAUUUUGAAUCAGAUAUGACCACAGAUAUUAUAAACAGCACAGAAAUGAGCACAUUUUUGAAUAAACAAACUAAUAAAUAUGACAUUGAAGCUACAGAAGUUCUUACUACAGCUAAUUUUCAAACUUCAACACUGGAAAACACAACUGAAAUAUCAGGAUUCACAAGUAGCACUAGCAUCCCUGAGAUUAGCACUUAUUUAAAUGAACAUACAAACGUUAGCGAUGAUUGGACAGUGCAAACUAGAAGCGAUCGUUUUAACCCUUCUACUGAAAAUGAAUCAAUUUCUAAUUUUGAAACAACCCAUUUCAAGACUGAUCAGCCGACGACACAAGGGUCUACGGCUGGAACAGAAUUUGCAAAUAGUGCCACACAUUCAAAUUUUAUAGAAAAAACAUCGAUGGGAGAAACUAUGACAGAUAAUCCAACUAUGCUAGCUAAUAGAACUACUUUAGCUAAUCCAACUGCCACAGCUAAUCCAACUAUGGUAGCUAAUCCAACUAUGCUAACUAAUCCAACUACAUUAGCUAAUCCAACUAUGUUAGCUAAUCCAACUACACUAACUAAUCCAAAUACGACAGCUAAUACAACUACAUUAGCUAAUCCAACUAUGUUAGCUAAUCCAAAUAUGACAACUAAUCCAAAUACAUUAGCUAAUCUAACUACAUUAGCUAAUCCAACUACGUUCGCUAAUCCAACUACGUUAGCUAGUGCAACCACCACAGAUAAUCCAACUAUGCCAACAAUUACAUACAAACCACCUGUGAUUCCAAGUUCGUCCACAGUUUCACCUGUCUUUAGUCCUGCAACAUCAACGCCCAACAUCACAACAAUGUUAAAAUCUUCAACAAAAAUUUCAGUAUCUCGCACCAAAGAGACUACAGAGGCUUUUACGACUGAAAAUACCAACACUACACCUGCAUUUAGUUUGACAAAAGAUUGGACCAGCACGGCUAAAGCUACAACAAAGGGAGAAGUGCUAAAAACUACAAAGAUGGCGGCUACGACGACAGCGGUGACGACAACAGCACCUCCUAUCCUGACCACCAGAGCCGUGCCCUGCUCCUCAAACCUCUCUGUGGUCCACAGUGAAUCCGAGUCCGAUCUGGUUCUAGUCCAGUCCAAGUCCAGUCUCUGUAACUUCACCCUCUUCUUCAGUGCAGAGGGCAGACCGGAGGAGGACCACAGCCAGGGGCACAGGUGUGAGCUGGACCCAGGCCUCCCUCACCUCCCUCUAGGCUUUGAGGACUCUGGAUCCCCUGGGAGAGCCUGUGGAGAACCCCCUGGAGGACCUCCUCUAGUCCGGUACCGCUGUCUCCUCUCUGGGCUGGAGCCUGGGACCCGGUACAAUUUUACGGUGGUGUCAGGGAAGGACGGAGAGAGGAGUCGAGGACAACUGCACACUGUCCCGGCCGCGGUGUCAAACCUCAGACUCGACUCAAAUGGCAGCUGUGACUCUCUGGGUGUGUCCUGGGAGCGUCCUGCAGGAGGAGUAGAGAGUUACGAGCUCACGCUAUCCGCACUGGGCACGCUCUCUCAGGUGAAGAAGCUCCUCCCCACUGAUGAUGUCACCGAUGUCAUCACUCGGGCGCGGUUUGACGGUUUGAUCCCGGGAAGAGUUUACAAGCUGAAAGUCCAAACGCGAGCAGGAGACCAGAGCAAUGAGACCAGUACCACAGGACAGACAGUGCCAGAGCCCGUGUCCUCCCUCUCUCUCUCUCCUGUGGAUGGAGGUCUGCUGCUGCGCUGGACUCCCCCUGGUGGAGACUGGCAGUACUACACCGUGUCUCUGUGGAACUCUUCAUCUAUUUUAGUGAACGAGACUGUGACGAAGCUCUGGACUCAGCACCUCUUCACAACCUCCACGCUCCGCCUCCGACCAGGAAGAAUCUACAGGGCAAAGGUCACGGUGCACAGCGGCAUUCUGGGAAACACACGCCUCUGCUUCGGACAAACAGCUCCUGCUCCGGUUCAGUCUCUCUCUGUUCGUCACAGUGGUGAAGCGUCUCUGAGCGUGUCGUGGAGUCGUCCUGAUGGAGAGUGGGACCUCCUCACAGCUGUUCUGUCUCAGCGAGACGUUGUAGUUUCACAGAAGACUCUUUCUCCAGACUCCUCCUCCGUCUCCUUCACCUCUCUGACCCCGGGACAGGCCUACGAAGUGUCUGUGAUCACCACCAGGGGGAACCAGAGCUGCUCUGCCAAAGUGGCAGCUAGAACAGCUCCGGCCCAGGUGUCCUCCCUCCUCCUGUCCAACGAGGGCAGCACUGAGUCUCUGCUGGCCCAGUGGGAGGCGCCAUUGGGAAGCGUGGACUGGUACCAGGUGCUUUUGGUCCAGGGCAGCACCAUCAUCAAGAACCAGAGCGUCCCGUUUAACACCACGAGGCUCACGUUCACCGCACUGAGGCCUGGCGCCGAGUACAGAGCAGUGUUGACGGCCGUGAGGGAGGGGAGGGAGGGCAGGCAGAGUGUGGGGGAGGGGCGCACAGUCCCGGCUGCAGUGGGUGAGGUCUCUGUCAGUAAUAAUGGCCGUAUGGACUUCCUGAGCGUGUCGUGGCGCCCUCCCGUGGGGGAUGUGGACAGUUACAUGGUGGUGCUCAAAGACCGUCAGAGGACUGUCCACACUCUGGUCCAGUCCAGGUCCAGUCCUGAGUGCGUCUUUAAGUCUCUGGUUCCGGGACGUUUGUAUGACAUCACCAUCAGCAGCAGGAGCGGAGCAUACCACAACAGCACCAGAGUACAGGGGAGGACACAGCCGGCUCCAGUGCAGUUGCUCACGGCGACGCAUGCAGCACGGGACAAGUACCUGAAGGUUUACUGGAGCCAUGCCCACGGAGACCGUGACUCCUACGAGGUGUCGAUCCAACACAGCUCCCAGUCUGUGCUCAACAUGUCUGUGCCCCCAGACCUGAGCGAAUGUGUGUUUGAGAGACUGGAGCCUGGCAGACUCUACACCGUCCUGGUAAACACACGGAGUGGGGACUACGAGACCAGUGCCUCCACACAUGGACGCACUCUCCCAGCUCCGGUGCGCUCCCUCUCCCUUUCCUCCUCCUCCUCAGACUCACUUUCGGUCUCUUGGCUCUCAGCUCCAGGGGAGGUGGAUCACUACGAGGUUCAGCUUGUGUAUAACGACAUAAAAGUGUUCCCUCCUCAGACUCUGGGGGGCGCCGUCGACCACUGCACCCUCUCCUCGCUAACACCAGGGCGGCGCUACAAGAUUCUGGUGUCCACGUUCAGUGGCCCAAACCAGAGAGCAGUCUACAUUGAAGCACGCACAGUCCCUGGGCAGGUGAGGAAUGUGCACGUGUCUAAUGGAGGAGACAGCAGCAGUCUCCGUGUGUCCUGGUCCUCGGCUCUGGGGGACGUGGACAGUUAUUGGGUCUACCUCUUCAGACAGUCCCGGCUCUUGGACUCUAGACCGGUCCCCAAAGACCAGACCCAGGUCCAGUUCCAGUCCCUCCAGCCAGGCCAGACCUACAACCUGGUAGUGCAGACUCUGAGCGGAGAGAGAGACAACAACUGCACAGCCACCGGCAGGACAGUCCCCUCUUGUGUCUCUGGGCUCCGGGUCUCUCCUCUUCCGUUGUGGCGUUCUCUAGAGGUGUCCUGGGAAAGGGUACUGGGCGUGGCAGACGGGUACAGUCUCACCCUACAGGAUGACGGAGGUACUGCAGUGAUGAAUGCCUCUGUCCCGAGCUCCCAGACGCAGCACAGGUUUGAAGAGCUGAGUCCGGGAAAGAGGUACACAAUCCUGGUCCAAACCCAGAGUGGAGGAGAGAGGAGUGAAGCCACCAGCGUCCAAGGAAGGACAAGUCCAGCUGCAGUCUCAGACCUGGCCCUCCGCUCCGCCUCGUCCUCCAGCCUGUCCUUCUCCUGGACGCCGCCGGAGGGCGUGUUCGAGGGCUUUGAGAUGCGUUUGUACCGAGAGGAUGAGUCUGUGCAAGAGCAACGCAGAGGAGGCAGUACGGUCUUCCUCUGCACCUUCUCUGAGCUGAGACCUGGAGCUGUGUACAAACUGGUGCUGGAGACGCAGAGCGGAGAUAGGAGCAACCAAACCUCCAUCUGGGCUAGAACAGUCCCAGCUGUAGUGGGCGCUCUCACGGCUCACAGCUCGAACCUUACAGACUCACUGGAUCUGACCUGGACUCGGCCUGAGGGAGACCUGAGCGGGUUCACUCUGGUUCUGUUGGAACCAAACGGGACUAUGAGAUCAGAGCAGGAGACUGGACCAGACCAGACCCAGGUCACCUUCUCUCAGCUCACACCAGGCAGGAAGUACACAGCUGUGGUCACCAGCAAGAGCGGAGAGCUCCGAAACAGCGCCACCAUACAGGCCCGCACCGCGCCCCUGCCCCCCUCCUCCCUCCUCUUCGGCGGCAUCACAAACACGUCUCUGGAGCUGACCUGGACCGUGCCCACUCACUGUGACUAUGAUGACUUUGACCUGCAGUGGAUACCACAGGACCCGCUGUCCGUCAUUAACCCUUACCACAGCAGGACCUCCGGCAGCAGGAUCCUCCGGGGCAUGUACCCAGGGAGGCUGUACCAUUUCAGGCUGAGCACAGUAAGCGGGGCCCUGGAGGGAGAGGGCCACAGGACAUACAGCCAGAGCAUCACGAGGAGCAUCAGGACCAAGCCUGGCCGUGUCCACUCUCUUCACUGCCGCCCUCAGAGCUCCACCUCCAUUUCCUGCUCGUGGGUACCCCCAGAGGCCGACUACGACUCCUACACAGUUGAGUGCGUCCUGCAGGAGGCACAAAUCCUGGUCUAUUCCCGAAGGACUGGUCCCGAGUCCGGCUUCUACCUGAUAUCCGGUCUGGAACCACACCGACGCUACACCGUCACAGUGAAGGUCAUAUCUGAUAGGAUGACCAGUGAGCCAGCCAGAGACAGUGUGGUCACCAUGAUCGACCGUCCUCCUGUCCCUCCCCUCUCCACUCGGGUCACUGAAGUCUCUCAAGUCUCCACGUCCUCCAUUUUGUUUGGGUUUAACUGCAGCUGGUUCAGUGAUGUGAAUGGAGCUGUGAGGUUCUUCACUGUGGUGGUCUCAGAGUCUGAUGACGUGACCAGUGUGCACCCAGAGCAGCGCCACCCUCUGGCCUCCUACAGGGACUAUAUCUCAAACAGCUCCGUGCGCUCCUACCAGACCGGCUACUUCCCCAGUGUAUGCUCCGGAGGUCUGAACCCAAGACCAGACCUGGGUUUAGACCUGGGUCUGGACCUGGGUCUGGACCAGGUUUUGGACCGGUCUGGAGAGGGGUUCAACAUUAGCCUGGGGACUGGGAUGGGUUUGCUCGGAGGACCCUGCUCAGAAAGUACAGAGAUCUACUGCGAUGGACCGCUCAAAGCAAAGACUGCAUACAGGGUCAGUAUUCGAGCGUUCACUCACCUGUCGGCGGAGGACUCAGGUUCUUCUUCUCUGUUCUCGGACACGUUCCUGUCUCUUCCUGUUCUCACUGAGGCUGAGCCGUACAGUGGUGUGGUGGAGGGCAUUGGCGCUGCUCUGUUCCUCGUGGUUGUUUUGGGCGGAGUCACGGCUCUGCUUGUGUGUCGACUCAAAGCCUCUAAAGUAAUCGAGGAGACUCCGAUCGUACGCAGGAACUCAAGGAGAGAGAGGCCCACAUCUGCGGUCCACCUCGGGGUCAGAGGACACAGACGCAUCUCCAGUCCGAUAAAGAUCAUGAACUUCGAGACUCACCUGGUGAAGCUCCAGGCUGACUCCCACUACCUGCUGUCCGAGGAAUAUGAGGACCUGAAGGACGUGGGGAGGAACCAGCCUCUGGACACUGCUCUACUGCCAGAGAACAGAGGGAAGAACCGGUACAACAACAUCCUGCCCUAUGACUCAACGCGUGUGAAACUGUCCCACACAGACGAUGACCCAAGUUCUGACUACAUCAAUGCCAGCUACAUCCCCGGUUAUAACUUCCGUCGUGAGUACAUAGCAACUCAGGGGCCUCUGCCUGGGACUAAAGACGACUUCUGGAGGAUGGUCUGGGAGCAGAACGUUCACAACAUUGUUAUGGUGACACAGUGUGUGGAGAAGGGCAGGGUGAAGUGUGACCUCUACUGGCCACGGGACCAGGAGCCUCUGUACUAUGGAGACCUGAUCGUCCAGAUGAGCUCCGAGUCUGUGCUGCCAGAAUGGACCAUCCGAGAGUUCAGGAUCUGCAGUGAGGACCAGCUGGGAUCUUCUCGGGUCGUGAGGCAGUUUCAUUAUACCGUGUGGCCGGAUCAUGGGGUCCCAGAGACCACGCAGAGCCUGGUCCAAUUUGUCCGGACUGUCAGGGACUACGUGAACCGGAGCCCUGGGUCUGGACCUACAGUGGUACACUGCAGUGCUGGAGUGGGUCGCACUGGGACCUUCAUUGUUCUGGACAGAGUUCUGCAGCAGCUUGACUCCACAGAAUGUGUGGACAUCUAUGGCUGUGUGUUUGACCUGAGGCUACACAGAGGGUACAUGGUCCAGACUGAGGUCCAGUACUCGUACCUGCACCAGUGCGUCCGCGAUGUUCUCCGAGCUCGAAAACUUAGAGAGCAGGAAAAUGUUCUGUGUCCGAUCUAUGAGAACGUGCACUACAGCCCCCACAGAGAAAUGCUUUGUACUAGACGCUAGAGACUUGCUGCCACCACCACAUGGAAACACAUGGGAUCUUUUUACAUUUCAUUUUUAUCUAAAUGCAAAAUACAUUAUAAUAUUUAUGUUACAGAUAUUGUUCCAGAAUUGUACAAACAGCCAAAGCACUGAAGUAUCUUGUAAAUAAUUUGUCUUAUAUAUAUAUAUUUAUGUAAAUGUAUUUAUAUUAUCAUUUUGUAUGUUGGACAAAUACAGUAUUAAAUC